UGUUACCCUUACUCAGGGUAACGACAGUAUUCAAUCAUUUUACUCCAAAAUUGUCACAAUUUGGACAGAGAUGACUAUGAUGGAUCCAACAUUUCCUCAUGACUUUAAAAUAUUCCAAACUAUGCGCGAGAGUGCGCAAGUUCGUCAAUUUCUUAUGAAGCUACGUCCGGAAUUUGAGCAUUGUCGGGCUGCUCUCUUGAACCGUAGCCCUACUCCUUCAUUGAAUUCGGUUAUUAAUGAUUUAUUGGCUGAGGAACAACGACUGAAAGUUCUCUCAACUCCGAGCUCAUCUGAUAUGGUGCUUGUUGUGUCCACAACUCCACCAACACGUGGUUCUGGUUCCUCUCCCUUGACUUGUCGCGGGUGCAACAAGGUGGGACAUGUUGUCGCUCAAUGCAAGGAAUGGUGUGCUUAUUGUCAACGGACUGGUCAUGGUAUUCAGGACUGCCGUACACGAGCUUAUGCAUCUUCUUUCAGCCGUGGUCGUGGCCGUAGUCGUGCUCUCUCGGCUACGGCUGCCACUAUUUCUUCCGAGACAUCUGUUAGUGAGUCUGCAUCUACUACUUCUGCUGAAGGUCUUUCAUCUCCAUUGACUCCUGCGAUGCUCCAACAAAUUGUUCAGGCCCUUUCUGCGGCCGGUAUGUCAGGAUCUGGCAACGGGGAAGGUACUUGGGAAGGGUAGGCGGCAUGGUCGUCUGUACGUGCUUGAUUUUGAUCAAUCUGUCACCCCGGCUCGUUGUUUCUUUUCUCCAUCUUCAUC